CACCUUUUUCGUCUGUUUUCACUGCUUCAACUUUGCAUUUAACCUCCCGCGCCAACGCAAUGGCCCAUUUUGAGACGGCCGCCACUCCCCAGCGUUCAUUCUGAGAUCCAGAUAAGAAGACUGAGAAAGCUCGUCCAAGGCCGUCAAGAUGCCCCGCAUACCCCGCAUCCCCCUCCCCAGCCUCCCCGCGCGUCUCAAAGCCCUCCCAGCGCCCACGAUCCGGAUUAUAUCCCUCCUGAUAGUCGUCAACCUCGUGAUUUGGGCCGCCGUCGGCAUCGUCCUCCACUACUACCCCGCCAUGAUCACGCCCGCGGUGCUCUCCUACACCCUGGGCCUGCGCCACGCCCUAGACGCUGACCACAUCUCGGCCAUCGACCUUAUGACACGGCGCUUGAUCGCCUCGGGUCAGCGGCCAGUGACAGUAGGCACUUUCUUCAGUCUGGGCCACUCGACCAUCGUCAUUAUUACGUGUAUCGUGGUGGCAGCCACCUCGGGCGCGCUGAGGGAUCGCUUCGAAAAUUUUCAAUACAUAGGCGGGAUCAUAGGGACGAGUGUCAGUGCCGCAUUUUUGAUUUUGCUUUGUCUCGGGAACGGUUGGGUCCUGUACCGGCUUGUGACGAGACUGAGGCAGGUGCUGAGAGAGCCGGACCCGCAUCAUCCUGAUGGCGAGGAGGACGAGGGGGGUGAGGAUCGGGCGGCCAUGGAUUUGCAGCUUGAGGGCGCGGGGUUCAUGGCGAAUGUGUUUCGGAAGGUGUUUCGUGUCGUAGAUCGGCCAUGGAAGAUGUACCCUUUGGGCGUCUUGUUUGGGCUGGGCUUUGAUACGUCUUCGGAAAUUGCCAUACUGGGAAUUGCGAGUAUUCAGGCCGCCCAGGGCACGAGUUUGUGGGUUAUUUUGAUAUUUCCCAUUUUGUUCACCGCGGGUAUGUGUCUCCUCGACACUACGGACGGGGCUCUCAUGAUGUCACUCUACACGUCCAAAGCCUUUGCCCGCGACACGGUGGCUAUUCUGUACUACUCCAUUGUCUUGACGGGCAUCACUAUCUUCGUCUCCGCCUUCAUUGGAAUAAUCCAGGUCCUUUCGCUUGUGCAAAACGUGGCCGAGCCCGAGGGCAGUUUCUGGGACGGCGUAAGUGCUAUCAGCGACCAUUUCGAGAUCAUCGGCGGCAGCAUAUGUGGUGUCUUCCUGGUAGCCGGGCUUGGGUCGGUGCUUGUCUACAAGCCUUGGCGGAGGAGAAUGCGGCGCCGAUAGGCGGCACAGGUGUUUUCCUCCGAUGCUGACGGCGAGUUUCGGGACGGGCCACCGUCGAGAGAACCGGAUUUGAUCAGUGUGGAGUCAAGGUAAUAAGGGUUUCACUGGAACGAUUCCGGCAAGAGAGGUCGGAAAUCCGUGGGUUCUCGUGGCUAUGUCCGGGGCUAGCUUCACUCCAAGAAUCAUGGGAUAGAUACCAGUUUGCUUUGCAAAGAGGCUACUUAACACUCAAAUGGUUGCUGAAUGGUGUCACUACACGUUAGACCGACCAAGGGAAAGACUUUACGGGGCAGUCAUGACAUAUUCCAGCAGAAGUAAGGGACCACUUUGGAUUGGCGCUCAUCCUAUGGAAAGGUAUAUAGUAUAGUAAGAGAUCUAUUUCUAUUAGAUGAUGUUUUGUAGCGUAAACACAUUUGGUAGUUAGCUCCUAUUGCGUGGUACAGAUAAUGGAUACUUUGACUUGGCGGCUGGAUAAAUCUUACC